CCACAAUUGCACUCGGAUACGAGUACGCAUUGUCGUCCGAACGCUUACAACGCCUCCGUUCUUGGAGGUUCCUUCCAGUUGCUCCGGACGCACGUCCCGCGCUCUGCAAGCGAACGAGCGGAACGAGCCACAGAACUGCGAGCGUCCGUUCGGGUUUGACAACAGUGACAGUGCAGCAAAGGGGUGCAAGUGGAUUCUGGUGCCGCUGGUGCUAGCGCAGUGCCUGCUGGAAACCUCCGGGUGGAAGACACCGUGUCAGUAGUGCAGCAAGAUGAAGCCACCAGUUUCAUCCUCGUCUCAUGCUAAUGCGUGUGCCCAAAACCAGUGCAAGGCUCCGGAUAAUCAGUGCAGCUUCACAGGCAAACCUGUUAGUGCCUGUGUGAAGGCAGUUGUCAGAGGGGAUGCCUGUCAAAAUCAGCUGAAUGGACAGGCAGACACCAGCUGUGUAGGUGGUGCAAUACAAGUUAGUGUCGCUGAAUCUCUGCAGAAUGGCAAGAUCAGCACAUGUUCUCAAAAUGGUGCUGAACGACUUAGCACAAAUGAAACUCAUGUGAAUGGCAGACUGGACGUUGGAUCAAAGGAUGAUGCAGAAGAAGCUGAUACCACAGAAGCUCAGCAGGGAAGCAAAGUGGACGUCAACUCUGAAUGUGCUACAGGAGGGCUUCCCUUUGACGAUGAUGAAGAUCUGGACAAGCAGCUUGAAGCAGCCUACAGUGGUGGCACCACAGUGGACACUAAAGAUGAUGACAACUUCGCUGCUGAAGAUUGGGAGACUGAAAUAACGACACCUUUCUAUAUAGUGCCCAAGAAACCGUACCUGUUUGGAAAGAAAGUUUUUGUUCCUUCUGACCUUCACGCCGCGACAACACGUCGAGGGUGUCCACAGUUUAAGGUCGUCGAAGGACAGUUUGAUGAUGCUGACAUGUGAAGCGUUCUGGUGGUGCACUUGGAGCUUUCCUAGGUUUGCUGCAAUCGGACUUUUAAAACAGCCAAUGCAAAGCUGUUUUGUGUCCAAGAAUUCAAAGAGAAUGGCCUGUCAAAGAGCGCACACUGGUAAAGGUUGUGCUUUUGUAUUUUAAUUAUGUUUCUUUGUGUCAGUUGUGAAGCAGUUUCUAAAUGUUUACGUCCUGAAAAAACAGUUUGUGGCCUCAUUUGCUUAAUAUAAAUUUUAUUUAUGUUACACCCUGAAGAA